GGGGCGCGCUCAGCGGCGCGCGCGACUUCAGCUCAGCUCUCACGGAGUGGGCUCUGUUCACGCUGGGCGCCCCUCCCCGAAAUCCCUCACCAGUGCUGUAAGCCGCUUGAGCAAGAUAAAGUAAAUCAACUUUGCACUUGACGAGGGUUUUUUUUUUUUUUUGUUUUUUUUGCCCAUACGUCUGUUCUGGAGAAAAGAAAUGCAAAUGAGCGUCAUUUUCCCUCCGUUAUGGAUCCUUCUGUUCUGUGUAGUUGCAGUUUUUACCUCUGCGCGUGGAGAUGAUGAUGCGCUUCUUAAAGAGGACAUUGUUGGAAGUCUUCCAACUCCAGAGAGUGACAGGAAUGCUCUCCAGGCUCCAAUUAAGUACAGCAUGAGGAGGUCCUUGGAUCUGGAUGAAGAAGGCUGUUACCUGGAGCUUGGGCACAGGGAGUGUUUGCGGGAGUGUGGCUUCAACGCAACAGCUAAGACGAUCUUUGUCAUUCACGGAUGGACAAUGAGUGGCAUGUUUGAGAGCUGGAUGAAGCAGCUGGUGAGGGCGCUGCAGGUCCGAGAGCCAGACGCCAAUGUGGUGGUUGUGGACUGGCUUGCUUUUGCACAGCAGCUGUACCCCGAUGCUGUCAACCACACCAGACAGGUUGGGAAGAGCGUUGCGGCUUUGCUGGACUGGCUGAAGGAGGAGCAACAGCUUCCUUUGGACCAGGUGCACAUGAUUGGCUACAGUUUGGGGGCCCAUGUAGCAGGCUAUGCUGGGUCCUUUGUGCAUGGAACUGUUGGCAGAAUCACUGGUUUGGAUCCAGCUGGCCCCAUGUUUGAGGGUGUGGAUGAAGAUCGCAGACUGUCUCCUGAUGAUGCAGACUUUGUGGAUGUCUUGCACACCUACACGCGGGAGGCCCUGGGGGUAAGCAUCGGAAUCCAGCAGCCCAUCGGCGACAUUGACAUCUAUCCCAAUGGCGGACAAGUUCAACCAGGCUGCCGGUUGAGUGACGUGCUCGCCACUGCAGCAGCAGGAAACUUUGUGGAUGUCAUGAAAUGUGAGCAUGAGAGGGCUGUCCACCUCUUUGUGGACUCGCUGCUCAACAAAGACCACCUGAGCUUCGCCUACCAGUGCACUGGGCCAGAACGCUUCAACAAGGGGAUCUGCCUGAGCUGCCGCAAGAACCGCUGCAACAAACUGGGCUAUGGCGCGAAGAGAGUGCGCAAGCGACGGAACAGUAAAAUGUACCUCAAGACCCGUGCCGACACGCCCUUUGGAGGUUAUCAUUACCAGAUGAAGAUGCAUGUAUUCAACAGGAAGCGGGCAGACGAUGCAGAUCCCACUUUCUUUGUGAAACUCUACGGCAUGCACAACGACACCAGUGAUCUCAGUGUAGAUGUGUCAGACAAGGUGGGUCUGAACAUGACCAAUACCUUCCUAGUCUUCACAGAAGAUGACAUUGGUGACUUGCUGAAAAUCAGGCUUUCGUGGGAGGGAGUUACUGACUCUUGGAGCUCAGUUUGGAAGAAACUGAAGACCACUUUCUGGUCCUCGUCCAGUUCUUCUGCUAACCCUGUGCUAGAGGUGCGACGCAUCAGAGUCAAGUGCGGGGAGACUCAAGAUAAGUUUACAUUUUGUGCUGAAGAUCCGUCUUCAACUGAGAUUUCACCAGGGAAUGAAAUCUGGUUUACAAAGUGCCGUGAUGGCUGGGAGGUGAAGCCAAGAAAAAGACUGCAUUUUUAAAAAGUGGACUUCUGCACUUGAGCAGUGACACCACAGAGGAACCAGCCAUAGGGACCCUAGUGGCAUUGAAGAGCUGCCCCUCUCCGCACUUUGGAAUAAUGAGGCAGGGAUGCCAUAGCAACCGUUUCCAUACAAGUGAUGGACUGGUCCUUCUUUCCUCACUCCAGCCAGCUACCUAGACACCCUAGAAGGCGUAGUUAUGGGGAGGGUUUGGACUUCGUGAACACUGUCUUUGUACGUUCUAAUUUAUUAAAAGAAAGCACUGUAAGACCAAGUUAAUUUAUAUUCAUGAGGCGCAUGGGCAAUAAGGCACACAGAUGCUUGUUGCAAAGUAUUUAAUUCCAUACAUAUGUAUGUGGUUUGACCAAAUUGUCUGGUUUUUGGGGAGUUGUGAACAAUGUUCAGUACUGAAUAUACUGUAUUGAAGGAGGGUGUGAAAUUGCAUACUGUCAGGUUUUAAUUACAAUGUAAUUUGUGUGUUCAGAGAACAUGGGAUGAGUUUGUGUACAUAAUGUAAAUAACAUCUGACCAUUAAACAAUUCAACAGCUCUUUGUAA